AUGAAUAAAUGGUUACUUGUAAUGAAUUCAAAAUACAACAUAGAGAAGAACAAAGAUUUAGAUCAAGGAUGGGCAUGGGUGAUUAUGGUAGCAGCAUGUAUUGCUGGUAUCAUAACAGGAAUACUUCUCUACGGGGCUGGUGUUAUCCAUGUUGCUUUACUACAGAGGUUUGAGGAGGAUAAUGCAUACACAGCACUAAUUGGUUCUAUAUAUACCAGUCUGUUGUCUGUCACAGGUCCGUUUGCCAGCAUGCUGAUAAACUUUUUCAAUUGUCGAAUAACAAUGAUAGUUGGAGGCAUGGCAUUGUUUAUUGGAUUUGUCUCCAGCUUUUUUGUCUGUCACAAUUUGAACUACAUUCUUAUUACAUAUGGAAUUAUAGCAGGAAUGGGUUUAGGCUUCGUUGCAACUCCUCCGUUUGUCGUAAUAGGAUAUUUCUUCCAUAAGAAGCGAGGACUAGCAUUGGCUGUCGUAGCUAGCGGUGCUGGAAUAGGCAUGUUUGUCGCUGGACCACUAAUACAAGCAUUACUAAAUCAGUACGGGCUGUCAGGUGCUUUUCUUGUGCUCGGUGCAUUGGCCAGCAAUCAUAUAGUAAUAGGAAUACUGAUACGUCCGUCCGCUCUUGAAAACAAACACAAAAAAUAUCUAAAUAGGAAACGGAACAUGGAUAUGUUGACUUCACACAGCUAUAACAAUUUAACAUACACCUUCAAAAAUAUCCUUCAUCUUGAUAUCUUAUCGAAUAAAGCGUUUAUGUUUUGCAGUUUUCAAUAUUUACUUUGGAAUAUUCCAUUCUCUAUAUUGCUUUUACACUUUGCAAAUAAUGCAGUUUUGCAAGGCUCCACUAAAGAAAAUGCUGCCUUACUAAUAACAUACAUUGGAAUAAGUUCGGUGUUUGGGAGAAUCUUAACGGGGCUUUCGAUUGGUCAUAAUGGUUUAGAUCCUGUGAUGCUUAAUUUUGGAUUUACUGGAAUUAUAGGAUUGUUAACGCUUCUUUUCCCUCUAUAUUCCGGUACAUUUCAAGGUCAGACAAUUUUCGCCCUUGUAUUUGGUCUGUAUGCUGGUGGUUUGUCAACAAUGAUAAACCCACUUUGCAUGGAAUUGAUUGGUGUGUCAAACGUGUCUAGUGGUGUUGGAACAAUGCUUUUCAUUUGUGGAGUUGGAUGUAUUAAAGGGCCUCCAGUAGCUGGAUUCAUCCUUGAUCAUGGUGGGACAUACGAGAAUAGUUUUGUUCUGUGUGGUUAG